CAAUGCACUGUAGCACAGUGUCCUCGAUCAAGAUUGAUAAGAUUCGAUCAUGAAGCCGAUCAGGCAGCUGAAGAUCCUUCUGGAGCAGGUCCUACAGUACAGGUGCUUGCUUAGUGUGUCGAAGAUAAGUCGCGAAGUGACCUUCAAAAGAAAUGCCUCAUUUUGCCUAGUUGGCGUGGGUGAGAUGCCCUGAACAGCCUGAACAACAUCAACUAUUGGGCACUUCAAGUCAGUGUUUCCCCCACCGAAUCCCUUCAUCAAUGAUCACAUUGCAACGGCCAAGCCGACGAUAGUGCGAAGCUCAGUGGAAGCUCCAGCAAGCGUGAGCAAGCUCUUUUAAGCUCUGGUGUUUGCAUCCACACUUUCAACUGACAGAUGCUGUCGUCGUGUCCUGCCGAUUGACCCGUUGAGUUACGCCAAUAGGCAAAGGGUGUUCUGCGCCUGAACUCACCAUGACGAGGCACUUUGAGGAUUGCCAUCCAGUGUCCAUCCCACCGCGACACCCACACGACAGACUUUUCCUAGACUUGGUGGAGCUUACGGCGAGAAAUUAUCUUAUCAGAUGUGACUGCGGAUACCCAGUGGACCUCGCCAGGGCCGCAACUCGAACGAACCACAUCUGAUAGCAGCUAUACACUGUCGGUGGUGCUCUGGCGAUAAAUAUGGAUGUUGAUCCUCCCAGGGUAGGCCACGUUUUUGUCUCUCGGUCAUCUCUUUUGGCCAAAUCUUUUCCCUGCACAGGCUGGCCUAGCCUUGAUUAUCAAAAGACACCGUCAAGAUGGGAUUCCUUUCCAAGUUCAAAGGUCACGAAACCCAUCCUAAUGUUCGAGAAGCCUCGAGUGUCACCGAGGGCCAGAAGUCCGAUGGUCCCGCCGAUGGUCCCAAGGACGUCCCUACUGACACUGAUUCCGAGACCUUGAGUUUGGAGGAACGGAACGAAAAAGAAGUCCAACUCAAUCCCGACCAUAUCACCCAAGAUGCCCAGCUUGGUGUGAAAAAGGCCGAGGCCACUGCACUUGUCUGGCCGAAAUGGGCUGUCUACGCGACGUAUGGAUGGAUCUGGGUCUGUUUCUUCAUGCUUGCCCUACAACAAGGCACGACCACACUCUUCAACGCGGCAGCGUACGCCGACUUUGUCGCUGCGCCCCAGCUUACCACCGCCAACAUUCUCUCCACCAUCAUCGGUGGUGUCCUGAAACUACCAAUUGCCAAGAUCCUCAACAUCUGGGGCCGUGCUGAAGGCUUCUUUACCUUUGUUUGCGUCUAUCUACUCGGCAUGAUCAUUCUGGCAUCUUGCAAUGGUCCCAGCGGCUAUGCAGCCGGUUACGUCCUCUACUGGAUCGGCUACGAUGCCAUCUACCUUAUCCUCGAUGUAUUUGUUGCCGAUACUUCGGGCCUGCGCAAUCGAGCGUUCGCCUUCGCCUUUGUCGGGACGCCCUUUAUCUGCACAGCCUUCACCGCACCACUUCUUGGGCAAGCCUUCCUCAACACGACCACCUGGCGAUGGGGCUACGGAGCAUUCUGCAUCAUCAUGUUCUUCGUCUUCAUGCCCUUGGUUGUCGUCUUCAAGUUCUACCAGCGCAAAGCCGAGAAGAUGGGUCUAUUCAAGAACGAAGCGAGCGGACGCAGUCCAUUCCAAUCGUUUGUCCAUUACUUUCACGAAUUCGACAUUGUGGGAGCUGCCUUGCUCAUGGCGGCCUUCGUCCUCUUCCUGCUGCCGUUCUCCUUGAGCUCAUACGGCAAAGCAGGGUAUUCCUCGGCGACUUUCAUCGCCAUGGUCGUCAUCGGCAUUCUUCUGUUCCCUGUCUUCGCAAUCUGGGAGAAGUAUUUCGCCCGAGUGCACUUUGUCCGAUGGGAAUUGUUCCGGCAGCGCACGGUUCUGGGCGCAUGCUGUCUGGCGGCCAUCCUUUACUUCUCCUUCUACUGCUGGGACGUGUACUACUACCAAUUCGUCCUGGUUGUCUACAACUUGUCCUUCUCCAACGCCGGGUACAUGACGCAAAUCUACAAUGUCGGCUCGACGUUCUGGGGAGUCGUUUUCGGCGCCUGGAUCCGCGCCACCAAGCAUUUCAAGUACACAUGCUUGUGCUUCGGCCUUCCUCUGAUGUUUCUUGGGGCUGGCCUGAUGAUUCAUUUCCGCGGCAACGACCACGGCAUCGGCUAUCUUGUCAUGUGCCAGAUUUUCAUCGCCUUCGCCGGCGGCACCCUUGUCAUUGGAGAGGACAUGGCCGUCAUGGCCGCUGCCGAUCGUGACGGUGUCCCCAUGAUGCUCUCGCUGAUCAGUCUAUUCGCCAGCCUCGGAGGCGCUAUCGGAUACGCCGUUGCAGCCGCCAUCUACGACAACACCUUCCCACAGGCACUAUUGAGGAGACUGCCAGCCAGCGCCAAAGGCGACUACGAAACCAUCUUCCUCGGAGGCUACGUGACACAGAUGACAUAUGCGGUGGAUUCGCCCAUCAGGAAUGCCAUCAAUUACGCCUGGGGCGAGAGCCAGAAAUACGGUUCCGUUGCUGCUACUGCCGUACUGGUCUUGGCCAUCCCAUCGAUCGCCGUCUGGAAGAAUUACAACGUCAACAAGAAGCAGAACAAGGGUACCGUUAUUUAAAGCUACAAUGUCAGACGUGGUCGUUUGGAGAAACAGUGUCCAUAUUCGAUGAGUGCGAGACGUCUUGUCAUCAAGGGGCAGGAGAAAUUGUCCGAGCGGGUGUGUUUGUCACGCAGCAUGGAUUUGCACAAAGUAACGUAAUAUCAAUGUACACUAGAGUGAGAUGUAUGCUGCAAGGCUCUCAAAAGAGGGCAAGUGUCGUUUAAUCCGAGGAGACGCCUCUCAUGCGAUUGUUGGUGACCUCCCGUAUCGUGUUCAAUUGUGUGCCCAAAGGGUCAUCGUGGUCGGGGAUUUCAUCUGCCUAGAGAAGAUCACUGGGGGUGGAUGGAAGGGUGUGCGACGCAAUGAUGGAUGCUCUUAACCUCCAUGAACGAACCUGACCCAACCUUGGCCUAAGAAGAGCAAUACGUAGCAUGCGACACAUAAACAGGACCUCUGCAGACCCCGUAUCGGAAACCCUCCUCACCACGAGGCAACAAGAUGCCCGUUCACGUCUGGCUUGAUCUCAAUUUGGGUGAGAUGAGGAUCUUGAUCUGGUUGUCUCGGUUGUUGACCAAUUCCUCGAACCCUUUUUCAACAACGUCUUCCAGGGCCACUCGACUCGUCACCAUCUUCUCGUAUCCUUGAAAUUGGCCUGCAUGACACAAGGUCAACAAAUGACCGGGGGGCCAGGUGCGGAGGGAUUUUCUUGCCUUUGCCAAUCAACUCCAUCAC